AUGGGUGUGGAUUACUAUAACAUAUUGAAGGUGAAUAGAAAUGCUACAGAAGAUGAUCUCAAAAAGUCAUAUAGAAGGCUGGCCAUGAAGUGGCACCCUGAUAAGAAUCCCAAUGACAAGAAAGAAGCUGAAGCCAAAUUCAAGCAGAUCUCUGAGGCCUAUGAGGUCUUGAGUGAUCCACAGAAGAGGCAAAUAUAUGAUCAGCAUGGAGAGGAAGGAUUGAAAGACAUGCCACCACCUGGAAGUGGUGGUUUCCCAUUCGGUGGCGGCAGCUCAAAAGGAUUCAAUCCUAGAAAUGCAGAGGAUAUAUUUGCAGAAUUCUUUGGAAGUACUCCUUUUGGGUUUGGUUCAUCAGGACCUGGCAGAUCUUCAAGAUUCUCAUCCGAUGGAGGAGCCAUGUUUGGGGGAUUUGGUGGAAGCAACGAUUUUCGAUCAUAUCAUGAGAACCUUACACCAAAGAAACCACCAGCGGUGGAAAGCAAAUUGCCUUGCAGCCUUGAGGAGCUGUAUUCUGGUUCAACUAGGAAAAUGAAAAUCUCUAGAACUGUGGUUGAUGCAAACGGACGUCAAGCGUCGGAAACAGAAAUAUUAACCAUUGAUGUGAAGCCUGGAUGGAAGAAAGGAACCAAGAUCACAUUUCCGGAUAAAGGUAACGAACAGCCUGGUCAGUUACCAGCAGAUCUUGUGUUUGUGAUUGAUGAGAAGCCCCAUGAUGUUUACAAGAGAGAUAGUAAUGACCUCCUCAUUACAAAAAAGGUGUCAUUAGCUGAGGCAUUGGGAGGAACUACAGUGCAGCUUAAAACACUAGAUGGGCGUGACUUAUCAGUUCCGGUGACUGAAAUUGUCAGCCCUGGCUAUGAGCUUGUUGUGGCUAGGGAGGGUAUGCCAAUAGCGAAAGAGCCGUGGAAUAGGGGUGAUUUGAAGAUCAAAUUUGAGGUCAGGUUCCCUACAAACUUGACCCCGGAACAACGAGCUGGACUUAAACGCACUUUGGGAGGUUGA